AGGUCGGCAGCAGAGCCCUCGGCGGUGCCCGGAGGGGGACGCGGUGCCGACGCGGGGGGCAGCGGGCGGCGGCCCGGCCGCGGGGCCAUGUUCUACUUUCACUGCCCCCCGCAGCUCGAGGGCGCUGCCCCCUUCGGAGCGCACUCCGCCGGUGACUUCGACGACGGGUUCCUGCGCAGGAAGCAGCGUCGUAACCGCACCACCUUCACCCUGCAGCAGCUCGAAGCACUGGAAGCAGUUUUUGCUCAAACCCACUACCCCGAUGUGUUCACUCGGGAAGAACUGGCGAUGAAAAUCAACCUGACGGAGGCCCGGGUGCAGGUGUGGUUCCAGAAUCGAAGAGCUAAAUGGAGGAAAACAGAGAGGGGGUCUUCCGACCAAGAGGGCUCGAAGGAAGCAAUGGCUGAGGUGGCACCUCCUGUCAGGAACUUAAAUUCCCCUUCUCCAGCUGAUCAGACCAGGAAUAAAAAAGAGAGUCUGGAGAUCCAGCAGAGCCUGAGUCGGGCUGUUGGUCCCACAGGACCCUUCUUCCCCUCCUGCCUGCCUGGGACUCUUCUCAACACGGCCACCUAUGCACAAGCUUUAUCCCACGUCGCCUCUCUAAAAGGGAGCCCACUGUGCUCAUGCUGCGUUCCAGAUCCCAUGGGCCUCUCCUUCCUGCCCACCUAUGGCUGCCAAAGCAACCGCACCGCCAGUGUGGCUGCACUGCGCAUGAAGGCCAGGGAGCACUCAGAGGCUGUGCUGCAGUCUGCCAACCUCCUGCCCACCACUGGCAGCCCCACUCCUCCUGCCAAACCCAGCCCAGACAGCAGCCAGGACAAGCAGCUCUCUCCAGCCAAGGAGCACAUGGAAGGGGAGAAGAGUGUAUGAGGCCAGACUGUCACUGGCCUCACAUCCUUGGAGCCAAGACCAGGGCUUUGCCAUCGAUGGAACUGCGGAGUGGCCGUGCCCCAGUAGCACAUCACAGGGCCACGAGGGACCCAGCAAGUCUGAGCGGCCACUCUGGCUGCCUUUCACACACCCUUGCUUCUUUUGCACCACUGUAGGUUCAUUCUCCUGAUUUAUUGGCACUAUCUAAGUUUGGAAACAUUUGUGAAACUGUUUUUAGCUCCCCUUCUGCAUCCCGCAGAUGCCAACAUGCCCAGGACACUGACUUGCUCCUGCACACCUCAGCCAUGCUUCCCAAGGCUGCAUUUCUCAGCAGCAGGGCCAACUCCAGCUGUCUUUGGGACUUGAACCACCUCCACCCGGUUCUGACCUUCCCAAGAAUAAGAGUCACCAUGCAGCGAGCAGGGCUGCUCCCUGGAGAUCACCACCACCAACAGUUCUUCAUCCUGCAUGAACAAGGCAUGGCUGCCAGGUACGGGGUUGGGGGCAGGAGAGGCCUCCAGGCAUCAUUUACCCCCAUUGUACACAGGCACAUGAAAGUGCAUGUUUACACCAGCCUGGCCUGAUGUUUUCUGGUGGCAUUUGACCUCUUAACAAAAUCUACCCCAGGCAGGCCAGGUGUAAAAGAAGCAAAAAAAUAUAACAAAUUUCUUUGUAAUUUUUCCUUCUUCCUUCCUUUCCUCUAAAGCCAAACUGUCAGUGGAGUAGAUUACUGGGGAAUUGUUGAGAUCAGCUUAUCCAUAAAUAAAAUCCUUACACAGGCUUCUAUGUGAACAUUAGUCUUGACGCUCCCAAGGUUAGACAUAAAUGACACACGACUCCAGAGCAGCAUUCUUAGCUUCAAAUGGUAAUGCUGGUAUUUUAAUGGAGAGGGCAGUUAUGUCUCUAUGCAGAAAGCUGGGGGGAUUUUAGCAUCAUUCUUUUGGAAAGAAAGACUGGAAAACAAAAUCAUCCUGAAUAGCAACACUGCAAAUACAUCCUUGCAUGAUGAGUUUUUAAUAAAUAGGAAAUAAAACUUGGAAGGAUAUUCCUUUAUGCCAUCCAAAAUCAGACUCUUAUGUUUACUGAAGGCUGAUUGGAAUGACUCUGGACAUGAAAAUAUCCGAAUUAUUACACACUGGGCACAGUGCAGAGAAGAUAUUGAUGCCUUAGGAAAUAGCUCUUAUUCCCGACCCAUAACACUGCAGAGCAAAGCAGAAUAAGACCAGAUGCUCUAGCAUAUUUCUUUCAUGGGCAAUAUAGAAGCAUCUUUAAGCUUAAUGAUACGGACUCGCUUUUCUCAGUUGCCUUUUGCAGAUUCCUUAGAAUUGUCCACAGAUUCCCCCAGUGAAUAGGAUGAAAACUACUCCAAGGCUGCAUCAAGUAAUGUGGAAGCCAGUGGAAAGAUUUCUGUCAGCUCUAAAGGUCUUCUGAACAGGUCCUCUGUGAGAAUGGUGCUCAGGUCUGUCCUGUUGCUAAGAGGAGUCCAUUACAGCCCUUAGAGUGGUGGUGUUUAUCAUAGGGGCUGAUUAUGGCACAGAACCUCAGCUACUGUGAUGCUUUCUCCAAGGCAGGGCUUGGUGUCUGGACCCACAUGUAGGGUGGAAGCCCUGUUGUUCAAGGAAUAGAUUGA